CCCUGGUUGAAAGAGGGCCACGCACGCUAUCCAACACUGCCCUAAUGCCACUUCGUCAUUUUUUCAGUCGCCAUUGUUCUCGUUCUCGGCCGUCGAAUUUGUGGAAAUAAACGUAUUUCCCAUUUAAAUUCGCUGCAAUAAUCACAAUAGCGAGCUGCAAAACACAACACCAGCCGAGUGCGUGUCGAUUUCCAGUAAUUCGGAGCGCGCAAGUCGAAUAAAAACGCUCUAAACAGCACAAGUCCAGGACCAGAAAUCGAAUAUUUGUUCGUGGCAAAUAUAUAAUCUUGUGAAAAAGCCAGAAAAUGUCAUCUGUGAAUCCGGAAUACGACUAUCUCUUUAAGUUGCUGCUCAUUGGAGACUCGGGCGUUGGAAAGUCCUGUCUUUUGCUGCGAUUUGCCGAUGACACAUAUACAGAAAGCUAUAUCAGCACAAUCGGAGUGGAUUUCAAAAUCAGGACCAUAGAACUCGACGGGAAAACCAUUAAACUGCAAAUCUGGGAUACUGCUGGCCAGGAGCGCUUCCGCACCAUCACGUCUUCAUAUUAUAGGGGCGCCCAUGGCAUCAUUGUCGUAUACGAUUGCACGGACCAGGAGUCUUUCAACAAUGUAAAGCAGUGGCUGGAGGAGAUUGAGCGGUAUGCCUGUGAGAAUGUCAACAAGUUGCUGGUGGGCAACAAGAGCGACUUGACCACCAAGAAGGUAGUCGACCACACCACAGCUGCGGAGUACGCCGCCCAGUUAGGCAUUCCAUUCCUUGAAACUUCGGCCAAGAGCGCCACCAACGUGGAGCAGGCCUUCAUGACGAUGGCGGCCGAGAUCAAGAAUCGCGUCGGGCCGCCGUCCAGCGCCACCGACAACGCUAGCAAAGUGAAAAUCGAUCAAGGACGUCCAGUGGAAAACACCAAAUCCGGUUGCUGCUGAAUAACUCUGAUUGUGAAUCAUUAUUUUAUUAUACAAUUAAACAAAAUUUAAAUAUAAUAAAUUAAAACGGAAACCACACAAUAAUUAUAAAACAAGCGAAAUCGUAAUUAUAAUAACUAAUUCUGUAAUAACAAUAAUGGUGAGGAAUGACGAGUAGUGCGUUUGUAUGAUCCUAGCCGUGAUCCAAUUCGAUAAACAAUUUAAGCAAAUAUGUAUUAGGUACGUAGCCAACCAGAUCCAGAUCCAGACCCAGACUUCAGACAUCCCCAACCAAACACAAACAACAAGGACAUCGAUCCUGAUACUAACCGUCACUCUGAUUUCCGCAGUUCUGUUCAUAAGUAGAGCAAAGCAAGCAAAUUCGGUGUAGCAAUUAACAUAAUAUUACUUUAACCUACAGUAAGAAGUUACCUAUCACAGCAGCGCGAAACAAUACCGAAACUAAUAUGUACUAUUAACUACACAUUAAUUGAGCGCAGGCGACGGCAAGAGCAAUUACACUUGCCUUGUGUCAGCUACUACUUACCACUAUGUAUACAUAUGUAUGUGUUUAAAUUACAAAUACAAUUUUCUAAACAUAUUAUCUCUAGCGAACGUGAUCGCCACUUGUCUCAGUCAUCUUGAAAUUUUAUGUAAUUCGAACCCAAAAAAGAACGAACAUUUUUAGAAUUAACGUGGAGCGAUUGUGUGUUUGAAUUUUCGUGUGACACAAGGGAUUUGUUUAGGCACAUAAUUAGUGUAAUAAUGACGACAUAGCGAUGAAGUUUAAUAAAAAUUAUUGCGUGUGCGUAUAUAAAUUGAAAGGUUUGGGAUCAAGGACACACUUUAGUUUCGGUUUUCACUGUCGCCCGAAUUUGAAUCUUAACUUCACCUAAGUCUAAUAAAAUCGAUCUGUACCGAUGCCUACAAA